UCUCUCUCUCCCUAUACUUAUUACAGAAACUCUGGUUAAGUAAAGAAGCUACUUAGUAUAGUAUAGUUUUAACCAUGAUUUCAACUUUUCCACCCAUGUUUCCUUCCUCCGACUCAAUUCUAGGAAACCCAUUUCCGUCCUUCGACGGAGGAUUCACACCCUGGGAUUAUUACCUUGAUCUUUUGCCGACGACUACCAUCCCAACUCCCGAACCGCCCGAAUACACGUCCAACUCGCCCGGUUCAGGGGAUAAUCUGCCCCAAUCGCCAAAACCCAUCAUGUCCGGUUCCGGGUCAGGGUCCGGUUCGGACGACCCGAACAGUAACCGGUCAAAUCCCAAACGUUCUUUAGAAUGUCUGGACCGGCCGGUUUCCGUGGUGGAGGAGCGUAAACGGAGGCGGAUGAUAUCGAACCGGGAAUCGGCGAGGAGGUCACGGAUGCGUAAACAAAAGCACUUAGAAAAUCUAAGGAACGAAGUGAACCGGCUUAGAGUCGAAAACCGGGAAGUAACGAACCGGUUACGGUUCGUUUUGUACCAUUUACAGUUGGUUCGAACCGAAAACGGUCAGCUCCGGUCCGAACACGCGACGCUGCGGCAGAAGUUGUACGACAUACGCGAAAUAUUGCUUUAUCGGCAACUCCAACAGUUCUCAUAACAAUCACCUAAAUAACGCCCAUGCAAUAAUUAAUGUCAUUAUAUUAGUCAGAAGAACCAACUUCAUCGUUAAUUAUCACUUAAAUUAUUAAAAUCAACCCUCGUAAAAAAUAACCAUUAAAUUAUUUAAUAUAUGAAAAAAAAAAAUGGAAGAAGAGAACACGUAGGGCAGUCUAUAAUUUUGUAAAUUAUAUAUAUAGAUAUUAUUAUUAUUAUUAUUAAAAUAUGUUUAAAGAGAAUGGUGGUGGUGGGUAGAUUUUGGUCAUUUUUGUGGUUUACAACAAAAAGAGGUUCUCUCAUAUUAAUGUUGUGUAAAAAUAUUUAGUCGAUCUAUAUAUAAUUUAGCUAUAUAGUUAGCAUGUUCUUGUUUGGUCA